AUGACUAAUCAAUCUGAACAGCAACCUUCACAAGGGGGCAGUAGUGAUCAACCUCAUGUACACUAUAUUUCCAUUCCCAUACACAGGACUCCCGAGUUUGGUACUGAAGAUCUUUCUGCUCCUGCAGGUGGAUUCACAACCAGGAGACAGUCGAUCUUGGAUCAACCGAUUGGAUCUUUCCGAGGUGUAAACUCAUUAAGCCGAUUCGCUACUUCUUUGCGCAGAGCUAAUUCCUUUAGGCACAUCGAUGUACAUCCAGAGCUGCAAAGAAGUUAUUUUGAAGACGCAGCAGAUGAAUUGUACGACCCAGAUACCAUGGCUCCCGCACAUGGGGGUAGAAAGCUAUCGAUUGCCUUAAAUCGAGCUGGAGACGUAUCAGUACGUCCUUCGAUUAGCUAUCUGAAUGGCAGACGUUGGAGUGGAGCGGUCCAGGACGCAGAUGAUUAUGGAUCAAUUGCUCUUGAUUCCAAUUCAGUCUUUCGUCCAGACGGGGCAAGCGCAGUAUCAAUUGGGGGUGGUCCCAGUUUAGCUGAUAUUGCUCCUCCCGAUGCAGAAUCUUUCAUGGUGAAACAGAUUGAGGGCAAGGAUGGGGCCGUUGUGACUGUUCUGGCGGGCCAAUCGACCGCACCGCAAACGAUAUUCAAUUCCAUCAACGUUCUGAUCGGUAUCGGGUUGUUCGCCUUGCCCUUGGGUUUGAAAUAUGCUGGAUGGGUUUUUGGGCUAUUGUUGCUACUUGUACUUGCUUGUGGUACUUUUUGUACUGCUGAGUUACUGUCAAGAUGCUUGGAUACUGACCCUACUAUGAUGUCUUAUGCUGAUUUAGGUUACGCUGCUUAUGGAAGAAGAGGCCGUGCUCUCAUAUCAUGCUUAUUCACCUUGGAUCUUUUAGGUAGUGGUGUCUCGCUGAUAAUCCUCUUUGGCGACUCUUUGAAUGCUUUGUUUCCUUCUCAUUCAUCAAACUUUUUUAAAGUACUCAGUUUCUUUGCUGUCACUCCUGCAAUUUUCAUCCCCCUAAACAUUCUUUCUAACAUCUCCUUCUUGGGCAUCAUGUCGACUAUUGGAACAGUUUCUCUGAUCAUUGUUUGUGGGCUUCUCAAAAAUGAAUCCCCUGGAUCCCUACUACAACCAAUGGAAACCCAUCUGUGGCCAGAGAACAUGAUGGGAUUUUGUCUCUCUAUAGGUUUAUUGAGUGCUUGUUGGGGUGGUCAUGCUGUCUUUCCAAAUUUGAAGACCGAUAUGAGACAUCCAGAAAAGUUUAAAGACUGCCUGAAGACUACUUACAAAAUAACAUCGAUGGCUGACAUCGGAACGGCUGUGGUAGGAUUUUUGAUGUUUGGUAACCUGGUUCAUGACGAGAUAACAAAAAACCUGCUUUUAACUGCCGGAUACCCCAACUUCGUUUAUGGGACUGUAUCAGCUUUAAUGGCGGUUAUUCCCAUCGCAAAGACCCCAUUAAAUGCUAGACCAAUUGUCUCAGUCUUAGAUACUCUGAUGGGUAUCGAGGGAGCAGAGGCCAAGUUUGAAGGUAGGCAAUUUUAUUUCGCAAAAUUUCAGCGUAUUUUCAACCGUAUCUUGAUCAAUGUCCUAUUCGUUACCAUUGCCAUUGUCUUUCCAAAAUUCGACAAGUUGAUCGCAUUCCUCGGUGCUGGUCUAUGUUUUGCUAUAUGUUUGAUUUUACCAUGUCUCUUCUACAUUAAAAUUUGCAAGGCCACAAUCAAGCCAUGGGAGAAGAGGAUCUGUCAUCUCGUUAUUUUUUGUCAGCAUGUCUCGCGACAUUGGGGAUUGGUGCUGCUUUCUUGGCAUAAUCAUAAGUCAUCCAUCAUCCUUUUAGGAACAAUUGAGCUCAGAGCGAACUGCCUACAAACUACUGUAUUUUUUUCAUGCAUUUUACUUAAAGAAUGA